UUACCGCCUGUCUCCCUUAUCUCCCCCUCUCUCUCUCUCUCUCUCUCUCUCUCACACACACACACACUGGAAAAGCCGGCCGGCUGCAUAGAAGCCUGACGGAGAAGAGAUCCCGGUGACAUUAUCCAUCACAUCUGGAUGUUCGCCCACCUCUGAAGGACUCUUCCUGCUUCGAGACUCUGCACGUGUGUGAGUGUGUGUGUGAGAAAGUGUGUGUGUGUGUGUGUGAGAAAGUGUGCGUUUCCCUCACGGUCAGUGGACCGUGGACGAGGCGUCCACUUCCAGAUCUGCUUGUUUUGGACUCUCUUGUUUUUUUGUUUUGGCUGAGUGGAGGAGUGUGAAACACCGGAGCUGCCGGGGGUAUUUUUUAUGUUGCAAAGAGCAGAAGUGGAUGCCGGGAUCCUUCGGUGGCCGCGUGCCGGAGCAGAGUGCUUACCUCAGGAUUUGCAGUCGAGAUGGGGAGGGGGUGGAUAUGAUAAACAGCUGCGAGGUGGGGACGGUUUGCACUGCAGCAUCAGACCGGCAUCUCUUCUUCUACGCGUUUUCUUUUUUUUUUUGGAGGUUCCACACAUGCACAUAUUUCACACCCAGCAGCAGCAGUCUGGCUGCGUUUUGCACACUCAGGAUGGAUUACUGCUACUUUAAGGACGGGCUCUCCGCCCGCUGAGGGAGAAAAGAUGCUGAUUGAAGAAGAAUAGAAGCACUGUUGUGUUUUUAUCGUGGGGGGGAACGAGCAACUUCUGGAUUGGAGAAAAGAGACUUGGGAUGACGGCUGCGUUGAGCUAAAAACCGCCGCCUCCCCUCCCCCCUCCCUGUCAAACAUGAACUCUUCCUCCAACGCGAACCAAAGCAGCUCACCCCCGUUCUGCCUGCUGGGCGCCGUGGGCUACUCCCGCAGCCUGGACACCUGCGUGCUGGAGGUGGUCGUCAUCCUCUUCCUCACCGUGCUCAUCAUCACUGGCAACCUGGUGGUGAUCUUUGUCUUCCACUGCGCACCGCUGCUGCACCACCACACCACCAGCCACUUCAUCCAGACCAUGGCGUACGCCGACCUGCUGGUGGGCGUCAGCUGCGUGGUGCCGUCGCUGUCCCUGCUGCACUACCUCAAAGGCCUGAACGAGGAGCUAAUGUGCAAGGCGUUCGGCUACAUGGUCUCCGUGCUGAAGAGCGUCUCCAUGGCCUCGCUGGCGUGCAUCAGUGUGGACCGCUACAUCGCCAUCACCCGCCCGCUGUCGUACGCCACGCUGGUGACGCCGUGCCGCCUGCGGGCGUGCAUCGUCCUCAUCUGGGUCUACUCCGCUCUGGUCUUCCUGCCGUCCUUCUUCGGCUGGGGGAAGCCGGGUUAUCACGGUGACAUAUUUAAGUGGUGCGCCGUGUCCUGGAAGACCAACCCGGGGUUCAGCGCCUUCAUUGUGGCGCUGCUCUACGCGCCGGCGGCGCUCACCGUCUGCUUCACCUACGGCAGCAUUUUCCGCAUCUGCCGGCAGCAUACGCGGGAGAUCACGCAGCGCCACGCCCGCUUCAGCUCGCAGAUGGAGGGCGAGCGCGGCGAGGGCUGCCCGGACAAACGCUACGCCAUGGUGCUGUUCCGCAUCACCAGCGUCUUCUACGUGCUGUGGAUGCCGUACAUCCUCUACUUCCUCCUGGAGAGCGCCGGGCUGUACCACCACAAGGUGGCGUCCUUCCUCACCACGUGGCUGGCGAUCAGCAACAGCUUCUGCAACUGUCUCAUCUACAGCCUCUCCAACAGCGUCUUCCGGAAAGGUCUCGGCCGCCUCUUCAGUCCGCUAUUUCCCUCCUGCCUCGGAUGCGUGGACGCCAAAAAGGCCCCGGGACCAGACCCUUGAGGGCAAGUACGAGCACCCGACGACGGCGACUGAUUCGUUUCGGUCACUUUGGAGGCGUCGGCCUUCUGUGUGUGUUCGUCGCUUUCAGCUGCGUAGUAAGAAACGGGUCCUGCUCUUUGGUCCCGCAGUAAAAUGUCCCCCCCCCCCCCCACACACACACACACAGAGAGGUGCCCGUGCAGAUGCCCGUCGGUCCUCACAGAGACGGAUUUUUAUGGAGGCUGUGAAGGUUUCUCUAAUGCUGCUCUUUCUCAGCUGCAGAGAUCACAAGCUGACGACCCGGAGUAAAGAAGUGUUUUUUUUAUACUCAUGAAGAAAGCGGACUGUUGGAGUACGAUUCACGUGUGUCACUUCAGGGGAUUUAAUAAAAACACUCCUGCCUGCACUGACUUAACAACUCCCAGAUGCAAAAAAUAAAGCAAAACACAACACGACUUGUGUUGUGCGAUCCACCGAAAUGCAAAAAAUCUUUAUAUUUUAAAUCUUUUCAAGCCUGACUUCAGGAUAGAAUUAGGUGAUGCAAAAAAACCCACUUCCUUUUCCUGAGGGCACUCCCGAUGCUAAUGAGUUACUGAGAAGCCAUCUCAUAAUCAGCCUGUGUGUGUGUGUGUGUGUGUGUGUGUAUGUGUGUGUGUGUGUGUGUGUGUGUGAGUGAGUGAGCUAAAAAUGUGUAUCGGAUGGACUUUUAAGCUAAUUCCCCAGAGAGAAGAUUGAGCAUUAUUUGGGAGCUUGUAUGUGUGUUUUUUUAUCAGAAGGCUCCGUCUCUUUUGAAGCUGGGUGUUGGCGGGAAGUUCACAAUUAUGUUUACACAGUCUCUGGUUCCACGUGACAUUUUAUUUUUAAAGAAUUAAGCUUUACUUUCUACGGUUGCUUUUGAGUUUGCCAGCCCACUCGUCAAAGAGCCAAUAAAUCUUAUUUCUUUGCAUUUUCCUCCUCAGGUUUUUUGAUCAGCAGGUCUUUUGUUCAGCCUCCGGGCAUUUUGCCUUUUUUUGAUCUCAAGCUGAACCAGUGUGACUCUUAAAUCACAAGCCAUGCAAGCGUCUUAAGAUAACCACCUCCUGACAUGUGGGGGGUGUUGGUGGCAAAUCCUCCGCCGUCCGCCGGGAUCUGUAGCCUUUGUCUCUCUCUUUGUUUUAGCCGAUGGCUGUUUCAGAUCUGUGUAAAGUGGAAGAGGAUUGUUAUCUCUGAGCAUCACGAGCCCGACCUCCCCAUUGGAAGAGGUUUCACAGCACUUUUCUUUCUUUUCUGCGAGCCGGUGAUCGCUUAUGGCUUCAUGUAAAUAUACUUCAGAGUUUAAAUAUUCAAAGAGCGUCUGGGGUCCUUCUGAAGGGUUUUGGCUGCUGCUGUUAAGUCCACCUCCAGGAUUACAGAAUGAUCUUGUGGGUAUCUAAAGAUAAUCUAUUUCUCACAGCCAAGAGGUCUGACAGUCGAGACUGAAGGAGAUGUUUUUUCUUCAAAUUUUGCAGACCUUUAGAUUUAACAUGCAGAGUUUGGAUUUAUAGUCACAAUGAAAUGUGUUUUCUGGGAGCGUCUUGCUCCUGAGUUUGACACAUGGUUGUGUUGAAAGAAGAAGAAGAAGAAGAAGAGGAGACCCAGACUACACAGCCUGUGUGUUCUAAUCUGAGGCUGUUUUAAUGGUUUUGGCUGCAAGUUUUAAAUCAACAGAUUUUUUUAAGGCAUCAAUUCCACAAUUCAGUGAAAACAGCAUGCUAAACUAUCAGCAAACCAUAAAAACUGAACUGAAAACCAAACCAGAGUUUACAACACUCUGGUGCUGUGAUUGUAUUUAUUUAUUGGUUUAUCUAACAGGGAAAGUUCACAUUAAUACAGAUUGCUGCCAGCGAGCCAGAAAAGGCAAAAAAACACUUUAUUUAAUGCAACAUAAACCGCCAACUGAGCAAGAGAGCUAUAUCAAGUUAGCGUUAGCCUUAAGCGUAGAGGAAUAUUUCACCCCGACGACGAGCAUCUGUACAUCAAUCACUCACUCUGUGUUAGCUGGAAGUAUUGAAGAAAACUUUGUUUGUUGUGCUUCCAAAGUAAACGGAGAAUUAAAUAAAAAGGUAAAAAGGAGAGCGCCGAUCAAUCCGUCAGUCCUUUUCUCAAUUAAUCAAUUUGUCGUGUUUUAGGGCUGGGCACAAUAUCGAUAUGACGUUGACAUCGUGAUAUGAGACAAGAUAUUGUGUCGUAAAAUGACAUCAAUGUUUUGUCUUUUCCUGCUUUUCAAGGCUGAACUACAGUAAACUAGACGACCAGACUGUCAGGUAUUCAUCCGCAUUACUGUUGAUUAUUUAUCAGAAUCCCAUUGUGUAAAUAUUUAGUAAAAUCACCAAUGGUCAAUCCAACGAUAUCAUUGCGAUACCGGUAUUGAUAUUGAUUUUAAAAAAUGAUGAAUAUCAUGAUAUUGGCCGAGUUGUGAAAAAUGUCCAUCGUCCAUUUUGUUUCCCAAAGUCCAAGACGACAUCCUCGAAUGUCUCGUUUUGUCCACGACUCAAAGAUAAUCAGUUUACUGUCAGAGGGGAUUCAAAAGACAAACAGAAAAUAUUCACAUUUAAGAAGCUGGAAUCAGAGGAUUUAGACUUUUUCUUAUUUUUAUUACUCAAACCAAAUAAUCUAUUAUCAACAUAGUUGACGAUUAUUAUGAUUAUGGUAUGAUUUGAUAUACAGAUGAUUUUUUCAUGGGUGAUUUAUUCAUUUAAGCCACAUUUUGUACUUUUACUAGUAUGUGUAAAUGACAUGUUUUUGGUGUACAUAGUAACAUUACUUUGUUACUAAUAUUAAUAACUAAAGCUAUCGCUAAAUGCAAGCAUGAUAAAUAACACCUGCUGAACUAGUCUUUAAACUCUUGUGGAGUUCACAUGAUUUAUUGUGGUAAAGAUAUAAAUCACAUAUUUAAAUAUAUUAAGUGGUUUAUUUAAUAUAUUAAGAUAGAUUUCAGGGUAAAUAUGAACAAAUAGUUGAUUGACAGCUAAAAGAUUUUGUAUUGAUCGUCUUUAGUGAACAUUUCCUUCACUUCCUUGAGUCAGAGUGCAGAUUUUAGAAUUAAAUGAUUUUAAAAUGAAUUCCAAAAAGGUUUUUGAUAGAAAAACACAUUUACUGUUAUACGUCACAAGGAAAAUCACUUUAAAAAGUCGCGAUUGAAAGUUCGUUCUUGGCCUCGGAAACACACACGGUCCGUUUCGUAGUUGAUCUGGAGCUUUCAGUUAUAUCACAUGAUCUUCCUCAGCAUGAAGACGAUGAAGUUCGUCCAGUGGUCAUUGACUUGCAGCUGUCUUCACGUACAACAACAUCUUAAUGUUAAAACUCACGUUUUAUUUCAUUGUGACUUUAAAAGCAGCCGUGAGGUGUCGAGAGUUUAAUAUUUUUCCACCACAGCGGGUCAGAGUUCAGAGUUCAACGGUAGGAACAAACACACCCGCUGCUGUCCGGGGGGAUUGAACCUCCCAACGACCCCCUGCUGCCAUCAAUAUGUUGUAUUUAUGUACCACUUUUCUAUGUAACGGUGUGUGUUAUGUAGCUCAUGUGAAAACGUCGACAUGUUCGAUUCUCCGCCGCCGGAUAUGUGUCCUGCAUGAUUCUGGUUCAGUUCUUCUGUCUCAUGACGCUGCUGAGAACAAUUUACCGACUGUACUCCUCGUCUCAGCAUCCUGACCGGCUGUUGUUCUCAUGAGGGCAGAGACUUCCUGGUUCACGUCAUGUGACCCGCUCCCGUGUCGCUGCUGUCGAGGACAAAAUGACGCAAAUCUGCAAAAACAAAGUGACGUUUUGUAAAGAGCUUAAAAAGAACAAUGAGUUCUCAUUUAACGAAGAAACGACAGUAAACACUUUUUGUAGCAGAGCGGUUGCUGCUCCAGGUGUGUGAGUCGGUGCAAUAUAGCCCCCCCACCUUCUCAAACCCCAGCCAAUCAAUAGCAGUGGAAGAAUGAUCUGAAUGAGAAGGGCUUCCACUGUCUCAAACUCUGGUUGAGCUGUCUCGCUGUCCAGCAUGUGAUCUGAACAAAGUUGCUGCAGAUUAUUGUAAAGUCGACGGCUGUAAAUGUCUGAUUAAAGUGAAAUCUUUGGAUUCUGUGUUGGAUUUGAUUUGGUACCAAAACAAAAUCUACCAUUAAACUAUUUAUCCUAGUCCAGUUGGGACGGCCUCUUAUGAAAGUGAUCUAAUCAAGAUGAAUUAUUACUUCCUUAAUCUCUUCACAAGCCGGAGUACAGGAUGGGAGGGUGAUUUGUUGCCUUAAUCUGGAUUACAUCUGGUUAAACACGAACCCCCUCAUGUCCUCUGGCUCUGGUA